AUGAGCGAUCUCGGCGUUUCGCACAAGACUCAAAAUCUUGCUCGAAUCAGGGACAAUCAGCGACGAUCACGUGCUCGACGCAAGGAAUAUCUGCAAGAACUUGAAGCCAAGUUGCGAAGUUGCGAGCAGGCCGGCAUCGAAGCAUCGUCCAAGAUCCAAUCUGCAGCCAGACGAGUCCUCGAUGAAAAUCGGAAGCUGCGGAGCCUCUUAUACGAGCGAGGUGCAUCAGAACCAGAAAUUGUAGCAGCUCUCGGCGGGCCACCGGAUCAGCCUUAUGAGCAGAUCUCAGCAACGCCGAUACUCAAUGCAAUGUUGGAGCGGAGGAUUACGACUAAUGAACUGCCAUCAAUAAGUUAUCCUGCUCCCUCACAAACACCCAUGAGAGCGGCCUGCCUGUCUGGACACAGAUCCUCAGUUCAGCCAAUCAGUAUUCCAGCAGCUCGAUUGAACGCAGUGAGCCGCAAAGACUCGCAAAAUCCAGGCUCAAUGAUCUCCAGUACGAGCACAUCACCUCCAUCUUACUCUUCGGCGUACUACGCAACUUCCAUGACUUCAUCGGCCGCAGAGGUAAAGACAGAAGAUGCCUACAGCUAUCCAUUCGACCAGUCUUACAGCAAUAAUUGGACCUUGCCAAGCGACUACAACUUGGAAACCGACCCAGUCUCUUCCUACAGCACAUCAUCUUGUGUGGAUGCUGCCAAUAUCAUCCGGACUAUGCGCGCAAAUGCGGGACCUGAACUGGAGGCCGAUCUUGGCUGCCGAGCCCCAGGCCAGCACUGCUACGUCAAUAAUAACGUCGUUUUCAGCAUGAUGGACAAGUACUCGAAUCAAAACGCAUCCAUAUGA